UAUAAAAUGAAUGAUAAAAGCAAGAAUCCAUCAAUCAGCAUGCUUGGAGUUGUAGGAGACUCAGUAAAACCUUCGAAACUAAAAGGGCCUGUGCAUCUUACAUCUGGUGUUAUCAUGAAGAAAAGGGAGAGCAUGACUUCAAGUCCUCAGAAGAUGAAUUUCAAAGGUGCCAACAAGCCUAGUAUUAAAUAUGCUAAAAAGAUCAAACCACCAACUAAAAAGGUGCAUAAAUAAAACUAAUUCUAAAUAAAUCUGAAAGGUUACACUUCAGUGAACAGAAUGUGCUGAGCACUCUCAAACAUAAUGAAAGAUUAAAGAGGAUAAAUUCUGGAUCAAAUGACUUGUUACCUAUAACUUUACCAAAAGCUUCUUCUAUUGACUCUCCUCCUACUACAGAUGACCUCAGGAAGCACCUCUCGACUGGAAGCAUGGUCAAAGAACUUCAUAUUGAGAGUAUUGGAAGAAUGCAGAAGAAAUUCUUUGCCAAAAGAAGACACCAUAAAAGUAAAUCUAUGUGAAAACAAAGAAACAAUAAUUUAAAAUAAGACUGAAAGCAGAGAGAUAUUCACUGCUGUUCAGAAGGUUUCAAAUAUUCAAGAUAAAUUCAUGACUUCAAGACCAGCCAAGCACAAAGGACUAGACAGCAUUAAGGAUGCAUUGAAUGCUACACCCAAGAUUAUGAGGUUCGGGUUUAAAAAGAGAUUUGCUGAUACAAAUUAUGAUGAAUUUAAACAGACGUUAGUCAUGAAAGAUAAAUUUAAAGGACAUUCAAAAGAAUUUUCUAAACAAAAUGAUCGCAAUUUCUUAGCAACCAUAAAAUCUGCCUCUCAGCUAGAUGAUCUUUUGGAUCCUGGAAAAAUUGUAUUUGAAAGAGAUAAAAGAAAUGAGGAAAAUUUUACUGAUUUCAAGGAUACAGAUCUUGAACUAAAUUCUCAAGAACUUGAGAGGAAUCUUCUAAAAAACCCUAACACUCAUACUCUCGAAAGUAUCUCUAAAUAUAUGACAAUAAUGCUUGAGAGGCAUCUCAAAUUCAACAAAAUAGAAGAACAAGAGUAUAGGAAGAGAAAAGUUGAAGAUCUUGACUUGAAUAACAUCAACGAGCACUUCAUUUCCAAAAAGGUCAUCCUCAGUAAAACCUUUGACACCUAUAUAAAAUACAAGUCUGAUAUUGACCAUUAUGAAGCAGAGUUUCUAAAAUAAGGCAUACCAAGAGCUAAAAGAAGUCCUUGAGUUCUUCAUUGAUAUCACUCUAAAGCUGGGCAAAACCAAUGAAGGUGAGCACCACAAGAAUCAAGCCAUUAUCAAACAGAAUAAUGACUUCUUAGAUGCCCUAAAUGCUGUCAAGCAAAUGAACAGAACUGAUAAUUUAGAUUACUACUUAUUCGGCAUCAAGAGGCUAACUGAGCAGAAGUACUUCAGCAUUAUGCACACUGCUAAGCAGACAUUGAAAGUGGCCAACCACGAUUUGGCAUAUAGGCAAAUAAAGUUCAUUGAUGAUUUCUUUGAGCACUCAAUUAACCAACAAAAAAUAAUAGAAGCUGAUGCUAAAUAAAAUCCUUGAAAUGGAGAAUGAAAUAGCUUCUUUGAAAAGAAAUAUGAAAGAGAAGGAAAAGAAACAGAGAGAAGAGAUUCAAGCGAUGUUCAAGUUCUCUGAUGAUCAGAAAAAGAAAAUAGAUGGUCUAAAUGCCCAUAAAACAAAUCACUUAGAGGAGUUAUUUGAUAAUAGAAAAUAAAGAAUUUGAAGCCGAGAAGAAGAAUCUGAUUAAAGAGCGAACAAAAAUUGUCAAAAAGUUAUACAAAAUUAAGAAUGUAGUCAAGUCUUUAAGAAUUGAAAAUCAAAACUUGAAAGAAGAGUUCUCUGAACACCAUGAAAGUAUAAAGCAGUACAUAGACUCUGCACUUCUAGAACAAGCUGCAAGGGUGAGGACUGUUAGGAAGAAGAAUAUGUCCAAACCGAAAGAGCCUGAUUUUAACCUGAAAACCAUAUUCUCAAAUUACAUCAGAAAUCUUAAAAGUGAAGUUCCUGAAUCUGUCACAUUAAAGGGAGAGGUUCAAAGUGAAAGAUGGGCUUUAUCAAUAAUAAACCUAAUUUACUUAGACAAGACCAAGAAAGACACAGAGGACUUUAUGGAUGGCAGACCCCUGAUCCCUCUUCAGCAAUUUAUAAUCCAAUGGUUCUGAAUCAUCUUUGGCAAUAGAGCUGUCGUCAAUGAUCUUAUUCAUGAUUUUAUUCGUACUUGAAUUGAAUACGAAAAAGAGCACCAAAGAUUCAACACGUUUCUGAACCUAGCUGGGAUUCAUAUAAAUAAUGGAGAAAUUGACCCUAUCCCAAUAUCUAAAAAGGAGUACUUAAGAAAGAUUCAGUUCCAGUCAACUGACACUCUCCUUAUGUUCCUUAGAUUCCUCGUGUGCAUUAGGAUGAACUGAUCGCCUUACUUACCUGACCUCGAUAGAGAAAACCGAGAAGAUAAAGGCACUGUUGUAAAUUAUGCAGAGGCUAAACAUGUCUGGCUUGCUUUAAUUACUGAAACUUCCUCUGAGCAUGGAAUCACAGAAGCUGCUUUUAAAGAACUUGACACUAUCUGAGCAGAUCUUCUUGAAGAUUCUAGUGGUAAAAAGCCAGGGUUUAAAAUUCCAGGAGCUGUCCUUUCUAGAACUGGUCUGAAGGACUCUAGAAGAGAAUCUGAAAAUGAUGUAAGGAGAUCUAAAUAAAAGCAUGAGUGUGAAAUCUAUUGAUGACAAAAAUAUUCAUCUCGAUACAUUCAUGAGAGUUUGAAUCAAUUUAUAUGUAGAGAAUAGAAUUUUACAAAUGGAAAGACUUUUGAGUUGCCUUCAGCUUGAACAAGCCAAAAAUUCUACUGAAAUUAACUUUCAAAAAUUCAGAAAUUCUAUAAAGAGUACAUGGAAUGAUAAAGCCAAGAAGCCAAGUGAUCACUUAUUGUUCAGUUCUAACAAGAUUGAGUUAGCCUAUGCACAUAUCUUGUGUGAAAUGAGGUCUUCUACAUAUGAUGAGGAAGAUGUAAUCAUCAAGCUUGCCCCUUUUCUCAACUGAACUUAUGAAACUAGAGCGUUUUCUCAAAAACUUAAAGGAAAAACUCAAGUUAAAGAGCUCAUGGAUAAAGAUAUUUUAGAUGUAAAUCCUCCUGAUAAAGAAGAGAAUAAGAGUUUACUUCAAAAUACCUCUAAGCUAAGCGGGUUAGCUAGUCUAAUGAAUAAGAGUGGUCAAAAGGAUGGAACCUCAAAACUGACUGUUAAUAUUCCAAAAUCCAUUAUCCCAAUCCUCAAAGAUUACAAAGAUAGUGUCUCGAGUGAAACUCUAUACGAUGAGAUUACGAAAAGUUACAAGAACAAAAUAGGAUCUGCUCCUCUAAUUUUCUUCAUGAUGGAUACACCACAGACUUAAAUACUAAAGGUUUCACCA